GUCACAUGUUUCGGGGUCUCCUUUGUUUUGAGUUGAGCUGGAACUUGAAACGGAGAGGAAAGGAAAGGAGCAAAAGAGAAGACGGAGGGCUGUCUUCUGGUUCUCCUCUGCGGGGAAGAAAGCCACUCCGCCAGCAACCAAAAGGAGACAAUCUUCAAUAUUUCUCCAUGAUAUUAUAAACAACUGAUGUAACAAUGGUACUAAUACUGGGUCGCAGAUUGAACAGAGGGGAUGGUCGGGCCCAGGAAUCCCCAGUAACGAAGCGUAAAGUUUUUGAAAUGGACCCAAAGUCCUUGUCUGGCCAUGAGUUCUUUGAUUUCUCUUCUGGAUCAUCCCAUGCUGAAAGCAUACUUCAGAUUUUCAAUGAAUUUCGUGACAGUCGCUUGUUCACAGAUGUAAUAAUCUGUGUUGAAGGUAGAGAAUUUCCCUGUCAUCGAGCUGUCCUUUCUGCCUGCAGCAGUUAUUUCAGAGCUAUGUUUUGCAAUGAUCACAGAGAAAGCCGGGAAAUGCUGGUAGAAAUCAAUGGAAUUUUUGCAGAAGCUAUGGAUUGCUUUUUACAAUACGUGUAUACAGGCAAAGUAAAAAUCACAACAGAGAAUGUGCAAUAUCUCUUUGAAACAUCAAGUCUCUUUCAGAUAAGCGUUUUGCGUGAUGCAUGUGCUAAAUUCCUGGAAGAGCAGCUGGAUCCUUGCAACUGCCUAGGAAUCCAGCGUUUUGCUGAUACGCAUUCUUUGAAAACACUGUUUACCAAAUGUAGAAAUUUUGCACUGCAAAAUUUUGAAGAUGUGGCCCAGCAUGAAGAAUUCCUUGAGCUUGGAAAGGAUGAGCUUAUUGAUUACAUUUGCAGUGAUGAACUGGUGAUCAGUAAAGAGGAGAUGGUUUUUGAAGCAGUCAUGCGCUGGGUUUACCGGGCUGUUGAUCUCAGACGCUCAGUGCUACAGGAACUUCUCACCCAUGUCAGGCUACCUUUACUACACCCAAACUACUUUGUUCAGACAGUAGAAGUAGACCAGUUGAUCCAAAACUCCCCUGAAUGUUAUCAACUGCUGCAUGAAGCAAGAAGGUACCAUGUACUUGGAAAUGAAAUGAUGUCACCAAGAACUAGGCCACGGAGAUCAACUGGCUAUUCUGAAGUGAUUGUUGUUGUUGGAGGCUGUGAACGUGUUGGUGGUUUUAAUUUGCCAUAUACAGAGUGCUAUGACCCCAUGACAGGCGAAUGGAAAUCUUUGGCUAAACUGCCAGAAUUUACAAAGUCUGAAUAUGCAGUUUGUGCUUUGAGGAAUGAUAUUCUUGUUUCAGGUGGAAGAAUCAAUAGCCGUGAUGUGUGGAUUUAUAAUUCUCAGCUUAACAUUUGGAUCAGAGUUGCCUCUCUAAAUAAAGGGAGAUGGCGUCAUAAAAUGGCUGUCCUCCUUGGUAAAGUAUAUGUAGUUGGAGGAUAUGAUGGGCAAAAUCGACUGAGCAGUGUAGAAUGUUAUGACUCAUUUUCCAAUCGAUGGACAGAGGUAGCUUCUCUUAAAGAAGCAGUGAGUUCUCCAGCCGUUACCAGCUGUGUAGGCAAACUGUUUGUGAUUGGUGGAGGCCCUGAUGAUAACACAUGCUCUGAUAAGGUUCAGUCAUAUGAUCCUGAUAGUAAUUCUUGGCUGCUCCGUGCAACAAUCCCAAUUGCCAAGAGAUGUAUAACAGCUGUAUCACUAAACAAUCUCAUUUAUGUUGCUGGAGGGCUUACAAAGGCAAUAUAUUGCUAUGAUCCAGUUGAAGACUAUUGGAUGCAUGUGCAGAAUACAUUCAGCAGACAGGAAAACUGUGGCAUGUCUGUGUGUAAUGGCAAAAUCUAUAUCCUUGGUGGGAGACGAGAAAAUGGAGAGGCCACAGAUACUAUUCUUUGUUAUGACCCUGCAACCAGCAUCAUCACUGGAGUAGCAGCUAUGCCCAGACCAGUCUCAUACCAUGGCUGUGUGACUAUUCACAGAUAUAAUGAAAAGUCCUUCAAACUCUAAAAAGAGGAGAGAUUCAAAGAGAUCAGUGGCAUGUUACAAACUGAAAUGGAGAAGGAAAGCACUUUUUCCAUAGUGGCAUCUGGAAAGAAAAACAUUCUGCUUCUUAAUAUGUAAAAAUGCAUUCAAAAAUGCAUUCAAAAUAAUUUAAAUAUUUCUUAUUUCGGUUCAAUGAUACUUGACAUGUUUUGGUCUGAAAAUAAGGAUAGUUUAUAUGACUGAUUGGAUCAUGUUCACUCUGUAUUAUCUAUAAUCAUAAUCUUAGUUUUGGGAUGUGAAGCAGUACUUUGUAAAUAUUCAUGCCUGGUUUUACAGAUGUCUUUGUAUUUUCAUAUCUUUUUUGUGGUAAGUAAUGUUAACUUUACUUUUAAAGAUAAUUCAUAACCAUGAUUUCUAUAUAAAUGAUCUAAGAAGACAUGGCUUGAAUUGCAAAAUUCACUUUUCAAGGUUCUUUCAUUAGUUGAAUUUAUUUGAAUAAGGGGGUUUCGGCUAGGAUUCACUAUUAUGCUUCCACUGCAGCUUCCCCCAGAAUUUGUGAUUCCCUCUUCAUCUUGCAUCUCUCUCUACCCGAAAAGUAUGUUCCAAAGGGCUGGAGCAGGUUUUUGUGGCAGAGCAAGCUGCAGGAAUAAGAGGGGGGAAAGCUUUAGUCUUGCUGAUGAUGGAUACAGAAGUACACCACUGGAUCUUGGCAUUAGUGUAUUGCAGGAAGAACAGACUUGUUAAUUCAGAAUACAUUAAUAACACAAUUGACACUUGUCAGUGAGCACUGUUUUCAAAUAUACCCUGUGUAUGUAGGGAUAUUCAUUUAAUAAAACAAAUGGGCUUUGGUAUUACUCUAAUAAUGUCAUAGGGUUGCUCUGAAUAUUAUUUCUAAACCAAAUCUUAAGACUUCUUGGUUAUCCCUCAAGUGCUUACAAGAUUUGUAGUGGGCAAUUGUGACUUCAUGCCUUCUGCCCUCAGAUGCAGGUGUCACAAUUGCCCACUACAAAUCUUAUGUGUGACCCAUACAUUUUGAUUUAAGACAGAAUUCAUUCUCUUAUUUCAGUCACGUAUUCUUAUAGCUUCUGUAUUGUUAUUUGUCACUCUCAGGCUGCAUCUACACUGUAGAAAUAAUACAGUUUGACACCACUUUAAGUAUAGCUCCACCCUAUGGAAUCUUGGGAUUUGUAAUUUUAUAAGGUCUUUAGUCUUCCCUGCCAAAGUGCUGGUACCUCCCAAAGCUACAAAUCCCAGGAUUCUGUACAGAGUCAUGGCAGGUAAAGCGGUGUCAAACAGCAUUAUUUCUACAGUGUAGAUGCACCUUCAGAUGGCUUCAUUUAAAUGACCACAGGUUGUUUUUUUUAAUUCCUAAUGAAAAAUAACCCUUUGGACCAAUAUACCAAGAAAUUAAUAUCCAUUUUACUGUUGCUUGUUCCAUCAAAGAAAGAAAAUAUUUAAUAUACAUCUGUCUCUUAAAUUUAGCAAGUAGUUACAGGUCUGCGUUAUAUGAUUUAUUACUAUAAAUUAUAAACUGUAAAUUGUAAAGUAUGAAAAGGUAAAGGAGAGAAGAAUGAACCUUUCUUCACUUUUAAGAAUUUUUCAUUUUAGCAUGAGCUGACAUGAAUUUCAUUUCACCAUCAAAUGUACUGAUAGAGUUGAUAUUAAAGCCACAGGUAUAUCAGCAAUUAUAAGGUUCUGGAGGUGGGAUCAGAGUAAACCUGAGUACACUUAAAUCUCCAAUGUAAAUUUUCUCCAUUCUGGUUACCUGUGGUUUUUGGCAUCCACAGGAGAGUCGGGAACAGAACUCCCAUGGAUGUGAAGGGCUGCCUGUAACUGAGUCUGCUAGACACAGGAGUUAAAAUUAGUUACAACAGUACAGUCCACCUGCCAUAGUAAACUGUUUUACAUGUCAGUUUCCUGAGCCUUAGUUUACUGUGUUUUAAAGAUUAUAUUCUGAAUAUUAUGACUUUUCAUAGGACAUUGAUUAUUAUGCUUACACAACCCAAUCCUUCCCAAUUCCCAAGAGAAGAAAGCUGGGUGUAUUAUUCCAUAUCCAACUUUUAAGUCUGACAUUGUUCAGCUGGUUUCUAAUUGUUUUAUUGCAGGGGUGGAAAAUGGGGCAGAUCCCAAAAGCCUCUGUUCUGAUAUUUUAAAAAUGGAGGGAGCCAGAAAGGAUUAAUUGCUCUUCUUGGAGGCCUCCAGGAGUGGCACAUUAUUUAAGCCCUGCUCCCCACAAGAACCAUGGAAGUGACUUAUGGUCACUUCCAGAUUGGUUUUCAGGGGCAGUGGAGGGUAUGCCUGCAUCAUGUGAUCUUCUAUGCUACCACACAGAUUAAUUUGUGGCAAUCUGAUAAUAUGCAUGUUUGUUUAGAAAAAAAUCCCCAGGAGCAAAGUUGGACUUCUCACAUGAGCAUGUAUGGAAGUACAGCCUUUAUGUAAUAAUAUCUGUUGCCUUGAUCUCCAUCCAGUACUGAAUGUGCCUUAACUUUCAUCCUGAUUGUCAUCCAACUGUGAACACAAAACAAGAUGUUCCACAGUCUAGUGAUAGUUACACCAUACUCAUAUGUGAAAUUCAAAUAUCUCAAUACCAAUUUACUUUUGUAGCCUCAUUAAGACUGCAGGUUCUACCUCCUUAAUCAGGGAUCCUGGGAACACAGCUAAUUCCUGGGGAGAUAAUAGAUUUCCUAUUUUUUUCUUGCUCAGCACAAUUGCACUAAUAUUUUGACUCAUGAUAUGCAGAAGUAAAAUGCUAAAACCAGGUGACAAAAUUGGCAGAGGAAUAAUGAUAGAAUAAUACUAUACAUGGUGAAAUAAUACACUCAGGAAUUACAUACAUCUUUUUCUAGAUGAAAUCAAAUGAGUAGUAAUCCACUGAUACCAAGGGAAGUUAAAAAUAAGUAACCUAUAUUCCAAGACAAAUUAUUUAAAAGGAUUUGUUUCACUAGUUCCUCUCAAUUUACCAAACAAAAAGCUCCUGUGAAUGAGGACCAUUAUCAGUUAAAUAUAUCUCUUACUUUUGUAUUAAUACAAUAAUUAGUGUAAUCAUUGUUAAGUAAAAUAGCAAUUAACUAUGACCUGAAGAAGUUCUGUGUUUUUGUGCUAUAUCUAUGUUUUUACAGUUACUCCUGAGCUUCAUGCCUAUGAAUUGUGCCUAUUCUGUAAAUGCACUUAGUUUGUCAUAGUUGUGAGUGGAAUCCUAGUUAAAGUUGUGAUUUUUAUAAAACAAAACUUUGAGAAAGGGGUUGUUAUAUUAAGCCUGAAAAAGAAGAUUGAUACUGAAAGCAACGUUCAGUUAUUUCCAACUACUGUAUAGUAGACUCAUCAAAUCUACAGUUUCCCACUGUGAAAAAACAGUUGGUCAAGUUUAGAUUCACAGUAUCUCAUAAAAGAUAUCUUACCUAUCCAUCAACAUUUCUUGCUUUUUAAACAUUUUCCCUCCAGAUCAUAAAUCCAUACUCCCAGCUAUAUGGAACAAUGGUAAAGAAACUGGCAUAUCUAUUUUACAGCUUUAGAUACAGAAAUGACAUGGAUUUUCACUUGAAAUAAGCCAAAUUUCUGUCACUACUUCCAUUUUUCUAAACAGAUCGUUUGGGAAAUAAUUGCAACCUAGGUCUUUAAAAGAACACCAAAAAUGUGAGGAAAGUGCCUCCUUGAAAAGUCUAGCAUUUGGUUUUACAAUGUCAACUGACUUUUAAGCCCCAUUCAAAUGCUAGUUUUACAAAACCACAAAUUAGAUUCAGAAGGGUAGGCUUGAUUUAUUUUAAAUGAGAUCCUGAUAUGAAACGUGCCCUCAUAAGAAUGUUCUGAAUAAUUAAAAGCACUCAAAUAGGUCAACGUUGCUUUUUCAUCUAGUUAAAAAAACAUUUCAUCCAGUUAAAAAAAUAUUUCAUUACAACAGAAAAUACGGCAGCUAACCUCAAAUGAAACCCACCAGGUAAAAAAUUCCACUUAUAAUUCAGAGAUUUGAACUAGGGACAGUACUUGGAAUAGCUUAAGUAUUAUAUUGUUUUUAUUAAUGUGCUUUAUGAACAUACUGCCCUACUUAAGACCAUUUAAUCAGCUUGUAUUCAAGUGUACCACUCAAUAUUUUAACAUGUAUGUAUUUAUGAGUAUGUGUGAUUUGUUUUGAUGAUCAUUGAUUUGCUUAAAGCUACUGUGUAUGGUAUGUAGCAGUAUUUAAGUGAGGGUGAAAAGCAUGUGAUUGUAGCUCAUUUUGUAUAAUUAAUCCAAAGAAUAGAGCCUGUAUGUUUUUAAACAAAUCUAUUCUUCGUGUAAUCUCUGCCCAAAAAAAUCCAAAUUCAUAAUAAAUGUCGCUAAUUUGUAUCA